AACAAUAAUAAAAAUAGAUAUAAUAAAACAAUGAAAAAAAUUAAAUUUUUUUUCUUUUUUAUUAUUUUUUUAAUAAAUAAUAAUUUUGUUAAAACUCAAAUAACAAAAUGUAUUUAUGUAAAUGAUGUAAACAAUCAAACCUAUGAUUUAAAUCCAUUAAUUAAAAAUACAGAUUUCUAUUCAAAAGGUUUUAAAACCUUUGGUAUUGGUGCAGAUACUACAUUUUAUUUUAGUUUUUGUCGAGUAACAGUAGAUCCAUGCAAACAACGUGCGUGUCAAGAUAAUAAUAAUGCUGGUAAUUUAAAUGUAGAAGAAAUUGUUACAUUCAAUGAUACAGGAAUUGUUAUGACAACUCACUAUAAAACAAAUAAUCUUGGUGGUACAAAUUGUUUGGCAGCAUCGCCAUCAGGUUAUAGAAAUACCUACAUCAAAUUAAGUUGUGAUCCAAAUGAAGAAUUUAAAAUUAUAUCAAUGAAAGAAAAUGGAUAUUGCGUAUAUGAAGUAGAAGCUUCAAGUAAAUAUUUAUGUAGAACAUGUCCUUUCGAUUGUUCAAAUCACGGCUUAUGUGGACCACACGACGGUAUUUGUCAAUGUGAUACUCAAACCAAUGGUGAUUUUUGUCAAAACUCUAAACUCUUUAUUGGCUCAAGUGAUAGCGCUCCAGAAGAAACUGGCGGGGUUAUAAAUAUAUAUGGUUAUUUUGGGCAAAUUACAAGCAAUGCUAAGGUUUUAAUUGGUGACCAAGAAUGUAAAAACCCAAUUGUAUAUAGAGGAGGUACUUUUGACACAAUACAAUGCACCAUUGGUCCAGGUAAAGGUACUAAGGACAUAUUAUUUACUGAUAGGGAUUUGAAAGUGUUGGGUGUCAAUGCAUUCCGUUACACACCAAAAGCAUACGAAUGUUUAAAAAAUUGCUCCAAACAAGGUGUAUGCGAUACAACUACAGGUAUAUGCAAGUGUUCAGAGGGUUUCGCAGGUCCAGAUUGUUUAUCAACAGGCUCAAACUCGACAACAGGUGUUGGCGGGGAUGGUUCUUCAAGCAUAGGAAAUUCAAACACAACUUUUACAAUAAAUAUACACAGUUUGGUUGAAUUUAAAUUUGAUGGAAAUGUACAUAAAGAACACAUACUUUAUAAUAAAUGGAAACAAAUCUCAACCACCAACACUACCAAUAGUAUAAUAACGACUUUUAAUCAAAUCAUUCCAAAUACAGGUUGUGUAGUAGAAUAUAGUGUAGAGCAGGUUUUAAAUCAUCCUAAAGAUUACUUUUUUGCAAACCAAAACUUUACAUUGGAUCCAAACUCAUUAAAAGUUACAGUAUCCAUUCAUUCCUACAAAUACAAUUCCACUUUAAACAGUCUCCAAUUAAGAAUUUUGUCAUUGAUUGGUGAUGAGGAAGACAGUAACGUCAAAUGUAAGCAAGAAACCGAUUUUGAUACAGAUGGUAUUAAUAGUCUUCACUCAUCCAAUUAUAUAACGAUCUCAAGAGAAAAUAAAAUUUUCUAUGGCAGAUUUUUAAGUUCAAUGUUAUCAGAUUUAAGAGUUACCUACAUGUCCACCCAAAUAGUUUCUAAAGAUCAAGACUCUUUAUUGAUAGGUUUAAACAUGCCCCAUUGUAUCAAUGAAUGUAUAAUUGAUCCAGAUUUUUCAUUGUUGGUAUCAAGUAAAUCAAAUGAUAGGGAAUGUGAAUCAAAAAGAGAAUGGUUUUUACCAGUUGUAAUUAUUGCACCAACAGUAGGUGCGGCCCUUAUUGUCAUCAUCUCCGCAGUUAUCUACAAAAGAUAUCGAACAAAUCUUAAAAUUGCAGCUGCUGCUUUAAAAUUAAAUAAUUUAAAUUAAAAUAAAAGAACAUUGUAUUAUAAUCAUAAC